AUGAAAAUCGCCCUCUUUGGCUCAACCGGGCAAAUCGGCCAGUCCAUUUUGCGCACCCUCCUCACUAAGACCUCCCAUGAGGUGGUGCAACUGAUUUCACCGCAAUCCGAAUCCACUGCUCGCUCUAUAAACAAGCAAUUCACAGCAGAGCAACAAAGUCGAUUAUCCACUGAAUCAGUGGAUAUCCUCUCCUGCAGUACAGACGACCUCGUCCACUAUCUCAUCAAUGUCGAGAUCAUCAUCAGCGCCUUGAACGGUAAAGCGCUGCAAGCACAAUCCAAGAUCCAAGAUGCUGGAGCAAAGGCUGGUGUGAGGAGAUUCUACCCUAGUGAAUACGGCAUGCAUCAUGUGUAUCGGCCGCCGGGGGAUGAAGUUGGGUAUCUUCAUCCGAUGUGGAAUACCAAAUCCGCCGCCAACGAAGCCUGUCUCCACCAUCCAGCUAUAAAAUCAGGCUCUAUGACAUACACCCUUAUCGGCUGCGGGGACUUCUACAACCAGUCUCGUGAGGAGAUAUGGUGUCCGUGGACGAACCCUCAUGCAUCCGAAUACACGCUGCAUAUACUCGGCGACGCGGACGCCACUAUUGAUUUUACGCACAUUGAUGAUCUAGGAGAGUUUAUUGUCGGGACGAUCAAGCAUCCGGAACGGUCGGAGAACCGGACGUUGAAUUUCGUGAGUGAUCGUAUCUCGUAUAAUGAGAUUGCACAGUUACUAGAGAGGUACUCUGGGAAGAAAGUGAAAAAGACAGUGUAUCCGAUCAGUCUAAUGGAUGAGGUGUGGAAGGAUAAGGAAAGGGUGCCGGCGGAGGUAAAAGGGAAGGGAGCAUUUCCGGAUGAUUUCUGGAUCCUGGUCAAGGGGAUGCAAGGGGCUGGGAGGUUUUGGAGACCGCCGGGGGAGGUGCAUAAUGGGGAGUUUGGGAUGGAGGGGAGAACCUUUGAGUGGUAUUUGAGGGGGUUGUCUGGGGGUGGAUAUGAAGUUUGA